AUGACUGGUCGUGGUAAAGGUGGUAAAGGUCUCGGAAAGGGAGGUGCUAAGCGUCACAGAAAGAUUCUUCGUGAUAACAUCCAAGGCAUCACCAAGCCUGCUAUUCGUCGUCUUGCUCGUCGUGGUGGUGUUAAGCGUAUCUCUGGUCUCAUCUAUGAAGAAACCCGUAGUGUCUUGAAGGUCUUCCUUGAAAAUGUCAUUCGUGAUGCUGUUACUUAUACUGAACACGCCAAGAGAAAGACUGUCACUUCUUUGGAUGUUGUUUAUGCUCUCAAGAGACAAGGUCGUACUCUUUACGGUUUUGGCGGUUAA